AUGGGUAAGAACAGUUCCUUUAUUAAUGAUGGUUAUCCAGAACCUUCGUAUGGUGCUCCAUUCACCUUUUUUCAGCUUGUGGUGCUGAUAUUUUUUUCUAUCAAUUUGUUCAUGAUUGUAACCAUUUUUAAAAAUGACUACUUUCAUUCAGUUGCACGUUACAUCUUGUUUACAGUCAUGUUACAUUCUGAUAGUUUCAUUUUACUAAUGAGUGAUAUCUUGCUGAUUUUAGUGCUGUCUCAGAUAACCAUUCCACUUUGGUUGUGUGUCAUUACGUGUGGUAUGACAACUCUGUAUUCAUUAGUCACACCUCUAACAUUGACAGUGAUGACUCUGGAGCGAUAUGUGGCCAUCUGCAUACCCCUGCGGCACGGAGAGCUGUGCUCAACACACCGCUCUGUGCACUGUAUCCUCAUUAUUCACACUCUCAGCUUAUUCCCCUGUGUGGUUGAUUAUUCCAUAUUUUUUGCAUCAGUUGAACAAAACGUCUAUAAGCAACAGCAGUUAUGUUCCCAACAGACAUUCAUUUUUCACAGGUGGCAGGGUCACCUUAAGUCAGCGUUACAUCAGUUCUACUUUUUGGUCAUGUGUAUUGUUAUUGCAUUCUGCUAUUUUAAAAUCUUGAAAGUAGCCAAAACUGCAGCAGGAGAGAAUAAAGAAUCAACAAGUAAAGCUCUCAGAACAGUGGCUCUUCAUGCUUUCCAGCUGCUGCUCUGCCUCAUCCAGCUGUGGAGCCCGUUCAUAGAAGAUGCAGUGCUUCGUAUUGACUUCACCUUGUUUAUAAAUGUGAGAUUUACGAACUAUUUAUUAUUUAUUAUUACUCCAAGGUGUCUCAGUUCACUUAUUUAUGGACUUAGGGAUGACAAAUUCUUUCAUGCACUUAAAAAAACAUGUUUUUCUUUCACAUAUUUAAAAAAACUGUAA